AGAGAUGAUUAAUGAUCGGACGCGGGUCUUUCCGGACUAUUUAUAUGGAGCAGUACCAAUCCUUAGGACUUAACUCCAAAUCAACAGGUGGUGACUGGUGAGUUCGUAUGGUGGUUCACCAGGCUCAAAAUCGACCCAAACACAUAGAUCCAGCUUCACAACAUUGGGGAAGAUGUCAAGGCUUUGUUGGAGGGGGGCUUUCGUUGACAUAAGAUUUGCCAAAAGAUGAUUAUAAAAAGAUUGCAUUCUAUGACUAAAUGACAAAGGAGUUGAACCACUCUGAAUUUAGAGGCUCAAACCCUAAUGCCGGUCCUCAGAUUCUCUCCUUAAAGCCCGUCCCCAACUGAUGCCAAGUUCGAGAGCUCUAAGGUUGUAAUCAAAUCGAGAGAGAGACAGAGAGAAAAACGCCUAUCAGUUCCUUAAUCAUGGUGAAGAAGACGGUCUUGAAGGUUAGUAUAACAUGCGAGAAAUGCAAGAAGAAGCUCCUCAAAGCAGUCUCUUCACUAGAAGGGGUUGAUAAGAUCGAAGUGGACUCUUCCAAGGGAACGCUGACGGUGACGGGCGACGUGGACCCUUACGACGUCAUACUCCAGGCUAGAAAAGCCGGCAAAUACGCCGAGGUCGUGAGCAUCGGGCCUCCUCCUCCGCCGCCCAAGCAAGACGAGAAGAAGAAGCCGGAAAAGAAGAAGCCCGAGGAGAAGAAGCCUGAGGAGAAGAAGCCCGAGGCGAAGGCGGGCCACUGCUACAUGCCCUGCGAUUGCCCGGCCUGCCGGCAAAUGGCGAUCGUCUACAUGCCGGGAUGGGAAGAGCCCGAUCCGCCCUGCUCCAUCAUGUGACAUCCCAUCUGCGUUAGGCAAUCUGUCAAGAUCUAUGAUUUGGUAGAUGUGAGAUUUGAGUCAAUUAGCCACAUUAUUCUUAGCAACAUGCGCCCUUCUUCUUUGUGAUCGUACAAUUGGAAUCCAUUAAAAUUAAGUUUCAGAUGA